AUGGCAAAAGAAGCUUCCAACAAAGCACCCACCAGCACGAAACCAAACCCAGCAAAGCAGCACCAUCCUAAACUCCCCAAGCUCCCCUCAAACCAAAAAAUCCAAAAACGCCCCCUCCUACACGCCCCCGUCGCCUCCGUCCGGGCAUCCUCUCAAACCCCAAAGAUUAUCUACGUCUCGGCCUCGACGCCCUUCAUCAGCACCGUGAAGCGUGUGCGCGCCUACCUCUCUGAAAUCGAGUCGCGCGCGUCCGGUCCGCUGUCCAUCAACGACGGACCGAGAGAGUUGCUGAAGGGCAUACAGAAUGGAGUGGGCGGAGGGAGCGCGCGAGGGAAGAGAGGGGAGGAGGUGCUGAUCAAGGGGACGGGGAGGGCGAUUGAGAAGGUGGUUAGGAUGGCGGCGUACUGGGGUAGGCAGAGCGAUGUUGUGGUCAGGGUCGGGACGGGGAGCGUGGGUGCUGUGGAUGAUGUUGUGGCGCGGGGAGACGGUGAGGGAGACGAGGAUGCAGAGGAUGGGGAGGGGAAGAGCUUGUUGACGGCAGUCAACAUAUUCAGGGACCACAGGAGAAUACAGGCAGAUCUAAGACCUGCCUACAACACCGAGGAGCAGAUCGUGGCACAGGAUCAGCAGAUGCCAACACAGAUAGCAUCUACACAUGUGGUUCGUGCUGGCCUCCCUUCAAGCGCUUCGGGAACAGGUCGUGUAAGUACAGAACCAACCCUCCACGGUUAG